AUGAGUGCAGAAACACCUCGUGAUGGAACUGACACCGGUCAGUCGGGAGGUGCACCUACUGAUCUACCAGGAAACCUAUCGCCGUUGGAGGAGCAACCCGAGACCCCCGUCCUUGAAGCGCAUCGCAAGGCGUCCAACCAAGAAAGCCAUGGUCAUGAGAGUCAUCGCGACGAUCCACAUCAGGAUGUUCGGUCCACCACAUCGUCGUCCGUCUUCAGUCGAGAUCGAUGGCUGCAGGCUAGUCGAUCGGUCAGAGAGAAAACCGGCCGGCUCGCAGACAGGCUGGGCCGGCCUGAGGGACAGGAUGCGAACGGACUGGGCUCCUCGUUGGUCCCGAUGGAAGAGCUGGGCUCCAGGGACGACGAAAAGUUGGCGGCCAUCUUCAGAAACAACAAGGAUUCGGGACUCUCCGACCACACCAAGCUCCAGAUGGCGGUGGAUGCGGAAGCUCAGGAGCUGAUGCAGGGCUUUGGUCUGGCAGAGAUGCGCCAUCGCAAACCGUACGCGGAGUCGAACGAAAAGGAGAGCUCGUUUCCCGAAUCGGAUGCCACGACGCUGGCUGAUCGGGCCCCGGCCGACGUCGAGGCCAAUGGCAAUACGCCCGCGCCACUACUGGGAGGAGGCGUGCUGUCGGCUCUGCUCCGGCUCCAGGCGAGCCAGAUGGAGCAUUCGCGCACCAACAGCAUGUAUUCCGCCCCCGAGUCCGACCGCGAAUCCACGCCUACACUGUCAGGCACGGUGACUCCCACGCCAGGCGUGCCCCAUUCCGCCUCGAGUCCUCCGCCUGCCCGACCGAAACCGCAAGCAUGGUACAAGAAGUCCAGAAACAGCUCGACCGCCUCGUUGAUCCAUGCGUCGAUGAAUAUGGGCCGGAUCGGCUCCGCGUCGGCCUGGACCAAUGCUAACGUACCGCCGCCGGAAUUCAAAAACGGCAGCAAGGGCAACAAGAAGAAAAAGAAGAGGAACGACGACGAGGUGAAGCUGCGGUAUCAUAUCGCGGAUAUCAUCGUCCGUCAACGCUACAUUAUGCAACUGUGCCGUGCGUUCAUGCGAUAUGGUGCCCCCACCCACCGACUGGAAGAGUACAUGCAGAUGACGGCUCGCGUGCUGGACAUCGAGGCGCAGUUCAUGUACCUCCCUGGCUGCAUGAUCAUGUCCUUUGACGAUCCGUACACUCGCACCGCCGAGGUCAAGCUGGUGCGUGUGCCGCAGGGGUUGGACUUGGGCCGGUUGGAAGAGGUUCACGGGUGUUACAAGCGGGUGACGCACGACAUGACGGACAUGCAGACGGCCAUCGGCGAGCUGACGGAGAUCAUGGACCGCAAGCCGCGGUAUCCGCGCUGGCUGGUGAUCCUGCUCUACGGCGUGGGCUCGGCCGCCGUCGGCCCGUUUGGCUUCUCUGCGCGCCCGAUCGACAUGCCCAUCAUCUUUGUGCUGGGCUGCUGCGUCGGGUUCAUGCAGCUGGUUCUCGCUCCGCUUUCCGCCCUGUACUCGAACGUCUUCGAGGUCACGGCGGCCAUCCUGGUUUCCUUCCUGGCCCGCGCCUUUGGCAGCAUCCGGUACCCCGGCACCUCGGACCCGAUCUUCUGCUACGCCUCCAUCACCGAGUCCUCCAUCGCCCUCAUCCUGCCCGGUUUCUCCGUUCUGACGAGCAGCCUGGAGCUCCAGUCGCAUCAGAUGAUCGCCGGCUCGAUCCGUCUCGUGUACACCAUCCUCUACUCGCUGUUCCUCGGUUACGGCGUGACCGUCGGCACGACCAUCUACGGCGCUAUCGACUCGAACGCAACCCGCGACACCACCUGCGCCCGGCAGAGCGUCUGGGGCAGCCCCUACGCGUCGCAUUUCCCCUUCGUCGCCGCGUACUGCGUCAUCGCCGGGCUGAUCAACCAGGCCAAGUUCCGGCAGAUCCCCAUGAUGGUCCUGAUCGGGACGGCCGGGUACGUGACCAACUAUUUCAGCACCCAGAAGCUCGGCUCCUCGUCGCAGGUCGCCAAUACCGUCGGCGCGUUCACCAUCGGCUUGCUGGCGAAUCUGUACAGCCGGCUCUGGCACGGCAACGCGGUGAGCUCGACCAUCCCCGGUAUCUUCACCAUGGUGCCCUCGGGUCUGGCCUCGUCCGGCUCGAUUCUGUCGGCGAUCGAGUACUCGGAUGCGGUGCGGAGUGGAACGGCCGAUACGUCGGGUGGUUCGUCGGGGUCCUCCUUGACCAGUCUGGGUUAUGGUAUGAUCCAGACCGCGAUCGGCAUUACUGUCGGGCUGUUUAUUGCGGCGUUGGUUGUUUAUCCAUCUGGCAAGCGGAGAACUGGGUUGUUUUCGUUGUAA